AUGGAGUCUCCAGCUCUACUUCAGAGGUUUGUGUGGCUCUUGCAGAAGGCUAUUGCAGUCACUCAUUUUUCCGAGUGGAUUGAUGUCACCUCUGUCCAAGGACAGAAUCGCCUAGGAUGCGUUCUUUGUGCUCCUCCAAAGCCACGUUUGACUUGGGCACGAAAUGAAAAAGAUCGAAUCUGUGCAUAUGAGCACCCUGAAGACGCAGCUCUCUACGAGCGCAGUGUCAAGAACCGACCAGCGCCUUUCCUCGGAUUCAUGUUGCGCGAUGAAAAGUCGUAUGUGCAUUUACGGAUCUGUUUAAAUAUUCUUACGCUUCUUCACCAAGCGGUUGGCAAUAUGCCGCGCGCCCUUUACGAGCCGUCACUAAAAUGGCGCUUGUGCAUUGAUACGACAGGAUUCGUGCGCCAACGGCUCCCAAAGCUGGUUGAAACGAAUAAUAAAGGUGACAUCGAAAAUGCUCAGCCUCCAGGCUUCCGAAACCACAUGCUUCGCCCAGAACAAUUGCGGUCCCUGACGUGGAUGCGGUCUCGGGAGAGUGAUAAAGUCCCCAAUUUCGAAGAAGAGGAAGUAGUUGAAGCGUUAUUACCGGUUAUCAACUGGCGGGCUGAAGGCAAGGCAACUGCUAGAAAGCUGGUACGAGGCGGGAUCCUUGGUGACGACGUGGGCUAUGGCAAGACAGCAAUUUCACUUGGUCUGAUCGACACACAAUUCGACAGCGACUCAAAAUCCGUUCCUGACAAUGCGAAUGCGGCAAUUCCAGUCAAGGCAACUCUGAUUGUGGUACCACAUCAUUUGUUUGACCAGUGGCUAAGGGAGAUCCGCAAGUUUCUAGGGUCAAAAUACCGCAUUCUGCAAAUCAAGACGCUCACUGCAUUUCGUUCUCUGAACAUUAGAGAGGUUGAAAAGGUGGAUAUUGCGUUGGCGUCUGCUUCUGUAUUUCGGGGCAACAAUUACUAUGAGUUGAUGCGAAUGUUUGCUGCCACACCCGAAGUCCCCCAAGGGGAUGGUCGUGUGUUUGAUGAAUGGCUUCAGGAUGCUUUGAACGGCGUUCGAGAUCAUGUCCGUCUCUUGCGCACCCACGGGAGCCUUGACGUGUGUACCAGUAUCCAGGCAAAGAACGAACAACUACAAACCGAAGCUGUUGUUUCAAAAUACAAUCCCUCUAAAAGACUGAAGGGACAAAGGCUCCAGGAUCAUUUGGCGAAGUCGAAUAUAUCUCCAAUGGCGAAAAACGAAAAACCGGAGGCGAAGGACAAUCAAUACAGCAGCGAUCACUCAAAGAUAGUCUCUGGUUUACCGGUUGCUCACAAGGCCACUGACGGGGUAUUCUACUUUCAUGAUGCCAAAUACGAUUGGAAACGCGUUCGCAAUCCUUUUAUUCAUAUGUUUGAAUUCACUCGCUUAGUCAUUGAUGAAUUCACUUACUCGAAGGAAAGGAGUUACUCUGCGGUGCUUUCGAUUCCUGCGCGAAGCAAAUGGAUUCUAUCUGGCACCCCGCCUUUGAAUGACUUUGCCGACGUGAAAUCUUUCUCUCCGUUCCUUGGAAUCAAUCUAGGGAUUGAUGAGGACGACAUCAAAAGAACCGAUAACGAAAGGUUAAAAGCAAUUCAACGCGACAGGACAGAGGUUGAGCAAUUUCAACCAUUCAUCACUCGACGCAGCGCUGCAUGGCAUAGGAGGCGGCACAAAAUGGCUCAAAACUUCCUUGACCAAUUUAUGCGAAAAAACGAGCCAGAGAUAGGCGAAAUCCCUUUCACUGAACACAUUUGCGAAGUAGUGCUAGCUCCUGCUGAACGCGCUCUCUACAUUGAGCUGUUCGUGCAGGUAAUGGCCCAGAACCUGAAAAUUCGAAGACAAGGAAGAGGAUUGUAUGACGCGGCUGAGAUCUCGCGCCUAAACCAGGUCAUCGGUGGUAGCGAUGGUCCGGAAGAGGCACUUGUGAAGCGGUGCUCUUUAUUUUCCCUCGACGACAUCAACGAUAACAACCCGCCCCCCGAUCCCGACGCGCCUGCCCCUGAGAAAAGAAAACUGGGGACAGGGAAUACUAUUUUAGAUGUCCGCUACAAAGAACUGAGAGAUUUGGGAGCCGAUUUGCAGACAAAAUUCAGGUUGGGGCUUUGGCUAAGAUCCAAACUCAGCGAUGACUCAAGAAAUCACUUUGAUAAGACCUUGAACCUCAUCGAAACAGACACUGGGGCAGGUGAAUUAGGUGAUUAUCUAGUGAGGAGAAUUAUCCAAAAAUGUCUUGAUUUUGCGAAAGCCAAUUCCAAGGAGGUGGAUGGUAACAAGUUCUACGCGACUGCACAAAUGGUAAGUAUUCCUCGAUCCCUUUGUGGACACGAGUUAAUGCUCUCACAGAAACGGCAAAAUGCAAGAGAAUCACGACCAGAGUUUCCAACCACUGAAAAAGCCAUCGUCCAAGACCUCAACAAUUGCAAUGAUAGUAUUCGUCGGUUAAUCGCUGAGACUCGUACACGAACCAGGGCGUCGAGAGUUUUUCAGACUAUUCGAUACUUCCAGACGUCCCCUCACGAUGCUGCCUAUCACUGCCAUUACUGCUGCAAAGUAGAGAGAAAUAGGAACCUUAUCUUCGUUCUGGGAGAAUGUGGACAUACGCUCUGCGGAGAAUGUCUUGAACUACGCAGAAGAAAAGGUGACUGUGGGUGUGAUGGUUGUACCGCGACCCUGGAGGGAUACAGAGUCAUUGAAGGAGGCGAUUUCGCGGAAGACGAAUCCCGAACGUUAGACGAAUCUUGGGCUGAUCUCGGAGGGAGCAAAAUGUUUGAACUUGUUAAGCUUCUUCAAGACACAAGCAGAAUCCCUGAAGAUGACCAGGUCUUACUUUUCGUUCAGUACGCCGACCUGAUUGCAGCCGUGUCCGCGGUGCUAGAAAAAGCCAACAUCCGUUAUAUGACAAUCACGUCGAAUGACCGUGUUGCAGGAAAAGCGUUGGCCGAUUUUCAAAAUGGAACCGAGGAAGUCAAAAGCAAGGUUCUUAUACUCGCGCUUGGAGACGUGACCGCUUCGGGACUGUAA